AUGCACGAUGAUACCACUGUAACGACAUAUCAUCGACCAACUAAGUUUAUCCACUUCUUGAAUUGCUUUCUUGAGCGGAUUGCUUACAUAUCCGCCGAUUAUCCACGCACAGUUAUUACGGUAACAGUAUUACUGACGAUAUUAACAUCCUCAAAAUUAUUAUUUGUUAAACCGAAGGAUAACCUUCAGUCAGGUUAUACACCACCAAAUGCUCGUGCCUUCAAUGAAUUAGAAGUUUUCCGAAAAUUCAACGAUGGCAAAGAUCCAGUGGUAGUAAUUAUCAUUGUUACGGCAAAAGAUGGGGGUUCCGUUACCCGAUUAUCUCAUUUGAAUGAAAUUUUGAAUAUCGUUGACUAUGUGGGAACACAUUUCCCCGUCAAAAAUUAUACCUAUUACCAGAUGUGCAGAAAUUUUUGUGAUGUCAAUGAGCCAGUUCGGCAAUUCAGAAAUGGACUACUUCUCAACACGGCGAAACAUUUCGACAAAAACAGUAGCAGAAGCAAUACAAAUAGCAACAAUGGUCAUGAUUUAAUUGAGCUUUCAUUUCCUAUAAUGCAAUUAUUCGGACGUGAUCUUGAUUUAUCACCUUAUUUCUUUGGUGUUGAAUAUACAGCUGAUGGUGUAGAUCGAAUUUCUGGAACAAAUAUUAAACACGUCAAAUUAGUGGCGUUACAUUUCCGAACACAGCGACCGAACGAAUGGACCAGCGAUGAUACGUUUCACUGGGAGCGUCUUGUCGGACAUUAUUUUGAGAAGUGGGAUGAAUACAACAAUUCGUUAAUUCGACCAAUUGCAUUUUCGUUGGCUUAUACACAGGAUGAAAUCAUUCGUGCCGGCCUUGCGUUAAUGCCUUACAUAUUACUUGGUUUCAUUAUGAUGUGUAUAUUUGCUGUUGGUACAGUUAGCAUCAGUUCAACAUACACGAGACAGUUUUCCAAAAUCAAAAUACUCUAUGCUCUCGUGGGUUGCAUCACACCACUAAUGGCAACAUCAGCGGCUCUCGGCCUUGUGAUUUUGCUAGGUCUUCGGCCUGGUUCUAUCCUCUGCGUCACACCAUUUCUCACUCUAGCUAUAGGGGUUGAUGAUGCAUUUUUAAUGAUCAGUGCAUGGAACAGAACAGACAUGGAGACGAAGAAUGGAAGUGCUUCGCACAAAACAAUUCGGGAAAGAAUGGCAAUUGUUCUAACUGAUAUUGGGCCAUCGAUAACUAUAACAUCAUUGACAAACAUGUUAGCCUUUGGAAUUGGCAUAUUCACGACACCAACGCCAGAAAUCCGAUUACUGUGUAUUGCUAAUGCAGUAGCCAUUUUCCUCGACUAUGUAUAUACUAUAACACUUUAUGCUGCUGUAUUGUGUAUUGGAGGUCAAAUAGAAACGCAGCAAAAAUGCAUUUACUCUGAACGAAAGCCUCAGGGACCAUCGAUGAUUACAACUUUCCUGCACAAUUACUGCAAAUACCUGUCAAGCGGUUUCACCACAACCUUGAUAUUUAUAUUGCUUGUAAUUUAUUUAACAGCGAGCAUUAAAUAUGCGCUGAUGGCGAAGGGUUGUCUGACACCAGGAAAAUUAUUUUUGGCUGAUUCACCUAUGAUUGAAGUAAAUAGGCUACACGAUAAAAUUAUCAUGCCGUCCUACACUUUCGUCACGGUGUUCAUCUUAGAACCAGGAGAUUUAACAAAUUCAUCUAGGCGAGAGCGUAUGAAAGCACUGGUAUCUCAAUUUGAAGCAGUGCCGGGAUGCAAAGGUUCCAGAUUUACGCAUUUCUGGCUUCGUGAUUAUGAAAUGUAUUUGGAGUCAAAGAAUGAAGAAAUCAAUGAAAGUGGAUUUGAUGAUUACACCUCAAAUGAUCUGCUUAAAUUCCUAGAAUGGCCCGAAUAUGAAUCCUUAGGUGGAUUUAUGAAAUUCGACAAUCAAACUAAUCGUCUUACAGCCUUUUACGUCACGAUCAUUUAUCAUGGAAAAAAUCAGUCAGAUUGGAUACAACGACUGAAUAUGCUAAAAGCGUGGAGAGCAAUUGUUGAUCAUCUUGGAGCAUCAGUUUAUGAAGAGGAAGCUUUAUUCACCGAUCAAAUUGAUUCGUUGGUAGCGACAACUUUGCAAACAUCUCUUGUGAUUCUGGCAUGUAUGGCAGUAGUGUGUUACAUUUUUAUGCCUGACUUUUUAGCCGUGAUGAUUGCAAUCUCAUCAACCGCAUCAAUAUGUGUUGGAGUAUUUGGCUUUUUGACUUUUUGGAAUGUCGAUGUCGAUCCGGUUUCGAUGGCAACAAUGAUUAUGUCCAUUGGUUUAUCGGUCGACUUUCCAGCUCAUAUCACUUUUCAUUACCAUCGUACUGGAUCGAAUCCGGAUCUGACAGCAGUGAAAGAACGACUUGCACAUUCCUUCAGUGCCAUUGGUUUUCCACUGCUUCAGUGCAGUUUCUCAACAGUGUUCUUUGUCUUAAUUCUAUUACUUGUUCCCAGCUAUAUGAGUGAAGUAUUUACAAAAGCGGUAGUGGUAGUAAUCUCACUGGGAAUUCUUCAUGCACUAAUCGUUGUUCCAGCUGUCCUUUGCGCAUUCUCAAACAUUUAUCAGUAUUUCUUAUUUGUAAAGGAUUAUAAGCUGAAAUCAUUCACUGGCAUAGUAACGACAAAAAUAACUGAAUCAUUCAUUGCUGCACAGCAACCAAGUUCUACAUUUCACUCUACUACAAAAUCUUCGACACAAUGA